AAAGCACAAAAACAACUGGGGCACAACACAAGCCGCCAUCUUAACGUAAGAGAGGGGCUUUUGCGAUUUAACCAUGGUGUUCGAAACUUGUGGGCCCAACGAGGCCAUGGUUGUUUCAGGCUGCUGUCAUGGGAAACCAAGCAUAAUCCCAGGUGGGAGGGUCUGGGUGUGGCCUUGUAUACAACAGUUACAGAGAAUAACUCUCAACACAAUGACUCUUGUAAUAGAGAGUCCAAAUGUGUAUACCCAGCUUGGUGUUGCCAUUUCUGUAACAGGUGUAGCCCAGGUGAAGAUUCAGGGCGCCAACCGCGAGAUGCUGGAGGCAGCAUGUCAGCAGUUCCUGGGGAAAAGUGAGAAUGAAAUCCGCAGCAUUGCCCAAGAGACCUUAGAGGGUCAUCAGAGAGCUAUCAUGGGAACCAUGACAGUGGAGGAAAUCUACAAAGACCGCAAGAAGUUUUCCAAAGCUGUAUUUGAGGUGGCUUCGUCUGAUCUUAUCAAUAUGGGUAUUAGUGUGGUGAGCUAUACCCUGAAGGACAUAAGAGAUGACGAGGGCUAUUUGAAAUCUCUGGGUAUGUCAAGGACAGCCCAGGUAAAGAGGGAUGCCAGAAUUGGUGAGGCCGAAGCAAAGAGAGAUGCAGGAAUGAAGGAAGCCAUUGCCGAGGAGCAGAGAAUGGCCGCCCGUUACCAAAAUGACAUAGAAAUUGCAAAAGCCCAAAGGGACUUUGAACUGAAGAAAGCUGCCUAUGACCAAGAAGUGCAGACAAAGAAGGCUCAGUCUGACUUGGCAUAUGAACUGCAAGCCGCCAAGACCAAACAGCGCAUCAAGGAGGAACAGAUGCAGAUCAAGGUGGUAGAAAGGACACAGCAGAUUCAGGUACAGCAGCAGGAGAUUGUCCGUAAAGAGCGUGAACUAGAAGCAACCAUUCGUAAGCCUGCAGAAGCAGAGAAAUACAGACUUGAGAGACUGGCUGAAGCAAACAAGAACCGGGUAAUUCUGGAAGCCCAGGCCAAUGCCGAAGCUGUUCAGGUGAAGGGAGAAGCUGAAGCUUAUGCCAUUGAAGCCAAGGCUAAGGCAGAAGCAGAACAGAUGGCUAAGAAAGCAGAUGCCUGGAAGGACUACCAGGAUGCAGCAAAAGUGGAUAUGGUGUUGGAGACAUUACCUAAGGUGGCAGCAGAGGUUGCUGCUCCUCUGGCCCAGUGUAAGAAGGUCACCAUGGUGUCCAGUGGCAAGGGUGACGUGGGUGCUUCUAAACUGACUGGAGAAGUACUGGACAUAAUGGAGAAACUACCUGGACUGGUCAAGCAGAUGACCGGAGUGGACAUUGCCAAGACCAUGCACGUGAGGCAAGUGUAGAUGGCACUUCAAGAGGAGACCAAACCACAACAGAAUUCAAUAGCCACUCCCUAGUCAUAGACGUUCACAUACAUGGAAUAGAAUUUUGUGUGAAGUUGUCAUGUAAAUUAGUGUGUACUUCAUUCAUGUUUUGAAUCUUCUCCCUUUUUACCCUUGCAGUUCCAGUAUCGUAUUAUGUACAUAAUUUUCAUGCUGGGGUGGUACACUGUAUUUCUACUCUGAAAUGAGACAAGUCUAAUUGGAACUUUUGUUAGAUUUGAGAAAGACAGUUGAUGUUGUCUCUGUGGAGAUUUAAUUUUGCUGACUCUAAUUUUUACUGUGCAAAAACCAGUCUUAUGUUACUCAAGAAUCAGAUAAAGAGGAAUACACUUUUGAAACAGAGGUAGCCUUAAUGCCUGAAGACAUCAUCCUACAUAAUUUGAUGGGGGACAUGACCUCUGUAAACUGGAAGCAAGUUUUGGAAUAGAAAAAGAUCUUAUGGAUAUGUUUUGUGUUGUAUUACUCUGAUUUGUUGAACUGCUACCUCUGUAGAACUUAGUGCCCAAAAGUACUUUUUUUUUUACUAUUAAUGGCAGCAUAACCAUGCUUUAUAACAGAAUUUCAUUUUGUCAUCUUAAUUUUUCUCUUUGUAAAUGAAUGUUUAGGAUUGUCAGUGUAGUUAAUUUUUACAGAGGAACCACUUAUUGCUCCAGUUUGAAUGAUAUUUUAUCAUGUUUUCAUAAUAACAUUGAGUAAUUUUUACAUUUUUUAUGUGUAGAGUCCUAGUGUGAAGUUUCCUUCACUUUUAUUUUUGUAAUAAUUCCCUUGUAGUUCUAAUUUACUUUUAACAUCACAGAUUUGUAAAUAAUUUCAACAACCUCCAGCUUUUAUAAUAUUUGUCAAGAUGGAGACAAACCACAAGAAAGUAUUACUCUCUCACUAUGUUCAAUACACGGCACUGUACAAACACGUGAAUGGAGUUUAUUUGAAUCCACCAUGAAAAGCAAUAUUUUUGCCAUAUUAGUUAAUAAGCAAGGUAUAUUUGAGUUCUCACAAAUUAUAAGUCUUUUUAAAACAGAUAUGCAUGUCUCUGUGUAGAUGCAAUGUACACUGUUUCAUGUGUCUAUAUUUUUCACCAAAAUUGCCAUAGAGACUAUUGGAGAGAUGUUUGUGGGCUUGCUGUUUUCCUUGCAUUUCCUGGAUGCCAUGUCCUUGCUGAGAAUAAUACAGUAUUGUACUUGUAAUGGAUAUGUUGCUUUCGUCUUGGAAUUGCUACCAUUGGAAUUUAUAAGUACAAGUCGUGCAAAAGUCGCAUGAAAUUAAUUGUCAGGAGUACUCAAAUCGUCUUAUUAUGGCAAAGUGUUACGAGCAGUGUGAUGUCUUUUUGUAAUUUUUUUUUUUCAAAUCUAAUUUAGAAAUACAAGGUGUGAACUUACAUACUUAGAUAUUGACUAUGAAAUGCCCCCCAGGGCACGAAUAUUAUAUAAGAAAGGACAUUUCAAAGUUGAUAGCUAUUAAGGUGAGGAUGUAUCAAUGUAAUUAACGUAUUCUUGUUUAUGAUAUUCACAUGGAAUAAACCUUCUAUAACUCC